GUGGGCCGCAUCACGCAUGCGUGCCGGCGCCGGUGACGGCGAGUCGCGUUUCACCUCUACACGAAAUAUACUCACACCACAAGACUUUCGUUCUUUUACAUUUAUUCAAACAGUUUUAUUGUCCAUUUGUCGCAUAAAAGAUAUGAAUGAGGACCACUUCGUUCUCUCUCGAGGUUCUAAUCCUUCUGUUCCUGACCCUGAUCCCGUGGCCGGGGCCGUCAGUCUUCAAGAUCACCUGCUCACGUGACAACUCCAAAAUCGUGCGGAAAGUCAUACAAAACAAAUGGCUCCCUGUUUUAGAAAGAUUUCAGGUGAAGCUACCCCUGGAGUGUCCAUUCCACCCCGCACGCGAUAUCUUCGCGCCGCAGCACGCCGCCAAGCUGCAGCACCGGCCGUCGCAGUGGACGUGCGCCUUCUGCGGCAAGUCGUUCUACGAGGAGCGACACCUCGACACGCACUUCGACCAGCGACACAAGAACCAGAUUAACAAGGUCAUUGCGGAGGACGCAGUAUGUCUGGCGGACUACUGCGACAUCAUGCGGUGCCAGGUCCUGGUGGCGCACGGCCUCCUCAGCGGCGGCGGCGGACCAGGCACCGAUAUUGAGGUGUGGCAAGACCUGGAAGCGGCGAGAAAGGCGCUCGCCCCAGCGGCAACUCGGAGCGUGGCGCGAGUGCCGCAGCGGAGACGAGCGCGGGCGAGGCCCGAGCCGCCGCCCGCGCAGUCUAUGAACCCGCCCCGCGACUGCCCAUCUAACGACCCAGACGCUGAUGAGCCAGAAGUAGAGGAGAAAAGAACAGAAGACAACGAGGGCGACGCGAACCAAACGGCGGAACUUUGCGACGCCGACACCGUAGAGUCAUCUCUACCACCUGACAGCCGCCAGAAGCGCCUUGCCGACUUGCAGGCGGAGCGCGCCGCUUGCGACCCCACCAGGCUCCAAGGCCUCAAGAUACGCUGCGAGAGAGUGGUGCACUCUUGCAUCGCGACGCUUUUACUUCAUUUAACGCAGCAUCAGUUCACUGAACUUGAAGAAGAGAUGCAGCGCGCAGUCUGCUGGUACCUGAGUUGCGACCGAUACUGGGAAGAGACGGCGCCAAGUGCAAGGGCGUUCCCCUGGCCCCUCCUGCUAGCGUUAGCCACUGGCUUAGCGCUGGCUCUCUGCGUGUGCUACUACAUAAUAUGGAUUGUGUUCGACUCAGAGGAAGGCAGCAUAGCCGGCAGCGCGUCGGUUUCCAUGACGACGCAUUCGUCUCCCACGCGCGGCGAGCGGAUGGCGGGCGACGACGCGCUCGACGACCCCGAUGACCACUACAUUUACGUCACGUACCCGCCGGAGCUUAAGCGCCGCCUGCUCGAGAGCUGCUACAAUAGAACGACUCGACUCUGAGAGUGGACGCGCCCGUGACGCGUCGCGCAUGCGUAAUUCGUACCACCACAAGUAGUGUUAACGUAGUUUAGCAUCACGAACGAUAUGUCAACCGAUCCUGUACGUUCUUGUAUCGACAAAAUACAUUAUUCAACACAUUCAGCAUUCUGAAAAGCAGAUUUGAAUAAAAAUAUUUCACUAAUAGGUGCUCUGAUUAUUUAAAUGAAAGAUUUAAAGAUGUUUAACAAAACUUCUGUUUUAUUUAAAUGUAGUUUGUCGAUGUAAGAAGUUAUAAUUUCACGAUGGUUAUUAUAACUAACAAGUCAGUCAGUACUCAAUCAAGCUGAAAUUUUAUUUAAAUAUUUUUUAUAAUGAUUAUGAAUUGAAAAUGUCAUUUCGGUGCAUUUAAAAUAAUUUGAAUAGUUACACUUUUGAUAUAACUCAACUUAAUGUGACUAACAACUGAAAUUUCAGCUCUUGAAAUUAAAUAGAAUUACUCAAUUCAACGUAGAAAAUAAAUCUAGUCAAUGAAUUCUCAUUUUGCAAUAAUGUUUUUUAUUUAGUAAGGUGUAGCUACUAUCCCCCUAGACGUAGUUUGCUUUUAAACAACUGGUGCCUAAUUUUAUCCCUAGUUUAUACAUAUAUUAUAGUAUAUUUUCCUUUAGGUGGAACUAUCCUGUAAGCUGUUGUACAUACUGACGCGUGGUUUUCUAUUUAUAGAUCCGAAGCAGUCAAUUUUUAAAUUUGUUAGCGAUUUGAUAUUUAUUGGUUUUUGUUACAUGUUUUUUAAUUAUGACAAGUUUACACAAUGUUUUUGUUAAAGCUUUCAAAGGUUAAUAAUGUGAAUUAAUUACUUGUUACUUUUUAAUACUGGAUAAUCAUGUUUUAAAACGUUUUAAAUUGAAUAUGACUUAGACUAAAGGCAGCUUAGUUAGAUAAAAUUCACUCCGCGCACAAGUAACCGUAACAGUUUCCAAUCUAUCAAAUUAUGGUAAUGUUUUAAAUAUGUAUUUAGUUGUAAUAAAACUCAAGCCUUUUUGACAACGAAUAUAAAGUAAGGAUUCAUUUAAAAUUGUUACUAACAUUCAACUUUCCAAUUACCUAUUACAUUGAAUUAAUUAUUUUGGGAUUUAUUCAGUUUUCGAAAUUACAUUCAAGUUACGUGUGUGGUUACUUUAUUACUAUUGUGUGGCUGACGGUUAAUAAGAGGCAGUUACGGUUACAAGUAAAGGUGAGUUUUGGGGUCAGGGCAAGGAAUUUGGGCGCUUUUGUCACGCGUGAUGAUGUGAUUAGCAAAAUACUAAAUUGUAAUUGUAUAUAAAUGUAAUUUUUCACUAAACAAUGAAUCUAUCUUAUUAGAUAAAGAUUAAAACGAUAAUCUAAUAUCCAAAUAAAAGUUCUGUAAUAAAAGUGUAAUGUAUAUUUAGAUAUUAUGCAACACAUUUACAAAGGCUGAUGCUAGUAUACAUUGA